CCCCGUGUCUUCCGCGUGGGGCGGCGGCAUGGCGCGGGACCCCGGCCCCGCGGGCGCGCGCCGGGCGCUGGGCCGCCUGCUGGAGGCGGUGCUGGCGAGCCGCGGCGAGGCCAACGCCGUGUUCGACAUCCUGGCCGUGCUGCAGUCCGAGGACCAGGAGGAGAUCCAGGAAGCCGUGCGCGCGUGCAGCCGCCUCUUCGGGGCCUUGCUGGAGCGGGGAGAGCUGUUUGUGGGCCAGCUGCCCCCUGAGGAGACGGUCAUGGCAGGGUCUCAGGGGGCCACGCGGAAGUACAAGGUGUGGAUGAGGCACCGUUACCACAGCUGCUGCAACCGCCUGGGGGAGCUCCUGGCCCACCCUUCCUUUCAGGUCAAGGAGCUGGCUCUCGGAACGCUCAUGAAGUUUGUGCAGCUGGAAGGAGCACACCCCCUGGAGAAGCCCAAGUGGGAAGGGAACUAUCUGUUCCCCCGCCAGCUCUUCAAGUUGGUGGUGGAAGGCCUGCUUUCACCCGAGGAGGACCGCUCGCUGCUCCUCUCCCAGUUCCAGGAGUAUCUGGAACACGACGACAUCCGCUACCACACGAUGCAGGCGGCCUCAGACACCGUGGCCCAGGUCGCCACUGGGCACCCUGAGGUGCCCCUUGUUUUCUGGAACAAUGCCUUCACGCUGCUGUCUGCCGUGAGCCUGCCCCGCCAGGAGAGUGACAUUUCCAACUUCUACGUGGGGCACACGGAGCUGUCGGACAAGUGGAAGGUCGUUCAUCUGAAGGAGCACAGGAGAGCCUUCCAGCUGAUGUGGCUCGGUUUCCUCAAACACGAGCUGCCCCUCAGCCUCUGCAAGAAGGUGCUGGUGAUCAUGCACGACUCCAUCCUGCCGCAUCUGGCCCAGCCCAGCCUCAUGAUCGACUUCCUCACCCGUGCCUACGACAUCGGGGGGGCCAUCAGCCUCUUGGCCUUGAACGGACUUUUUAUCCUGAUUCAUAAGCACAACCUGGAGUACCCUGACUUCUAUCAGAAGCUCUACGGCCUCCUGGACCCAUCAGUUUUCCACGUCAAGUACCGGGCCCGCUUCUUCCACCUGGCUGAUCUCUUCUUGUCGUCCUCCCAUCUGCCUGCCUACCUCGUGGCUGCCUUUGCCAAGCGCCUGUCCCGCCUGGCCCUGACGGCGCCCCCCGAGGCCCUGCUCAUGGUCCUGCCCUUCAUCUGCAACCUGCUGCGCAGACACCCGGCCUGCCGCGUGCUGGUGCACCGCCCAGGGGGCCCUGAGUUGGACGCUGACCCCUAUGACCCUGGGGAGGAGGACCCAGCCAAGAGCCGAGCUCUGGAGAGCUCCCUGUGGGAGCUGCAGGCCCUCCAGCGGCAUUACCACCCUGAGGUGUCCAAGGCUGCCAGCGUCAUCAACCAGGCGCUGUCCGUGCCCGAGGCCAGCAUCGCACCGCUCCUGGAGCUCACUGCCUUCGAGGUGUUCGAGCGGGACCUGAAGAGGAAGGGGCCCGAGGCGGUGCCGCUGGAGUUCAUCCCGGCCCAGGGCCUGCUGGGCCGGCGGGACGACCUCUGCGCCCAGCACUUCACGCUCAGCUGACCCUGGGUGCCUCUUUCCCCCCAAUAAAUGGUUUUGUAGGA